AUGGCGGAAGUGGGCGGUGCCACGCCGGGGGGCGGGGCGGGAUGGGGUGAGGCGAUUCCCCCUCCCCUCGCCCUGAGGGCACUUCCCGCCGCCAUCUUGUGGCCGCCAUCUUGUGGCGGGAUCCUGACCCAGCCACAGCUGCCCCAGGAGCAGACAAAGCAGAAGGAAAAGCCUCCAGAUCCCCCUCGCUUCCCGCUGGUCUCCAUCUGCUUUUGUGAGAGCACAGAGGGCAUCUCCACAUCGUUUGGUGCCCUCUGCUGCCAGGCAGAGCUACAACAGACCAACCACUGCCCCUUGGCCACCCAGCUCAGGGUGCUGAUGAAGAUGUUGAAGCUGCUUCUGCUCCUCAGCCUGGUGGCCCUGGCCCAGUGUGGUGUGUUCAGGGUGCCUCUGUGGAGGGGCAAGUCCCUGAGGCAGACCCUGACGGAGAAGGGCUUGCUGGAGACCUACCUGCAGCAGCAGCAGGCCAGGCUGGAGGACAAGUUUGCUGCCAGCAAUGGUGACAGAGAGGCCAUGAGGAACUACAUGGACAAUGAGUACUUCGGCAACAUCACCAUCGGGACCCCAGGGCAGGUCUUCACUGUGAUCUUCGACACCGGCUCUGCCAACCUCUGGGUGCCCUCCAUCUACUGCAACAGCUCUGCCUGCUACAACCACCACCGCUUCAACCCCAACAUGUCCUCCACCUUUGAGGGCACCGACAGAUCUCUGAGCAUCACCUAUGGCACUGGCAGCAUGACCGGCGUGCUGGGCUACGACACUGUCACCGUCUAUGAGAUCACCAUCAGGAACCAGAUCUUUGGGCUGUCUGUGACAGAGCCUGGGAACGUCUUCACCCAGGCCCCCUUCGAUAGCAUCCUGGGGCUGGCUUACCCCAGCAUCUCUGCCUCCCAGGCCACCCCUGUCUUUGACAACAUGAUGGCACAAAAGCUGGUGGAAAAGAAUCUCUUCUCUGUCUACCUGACCAGGAAAGAGGCCACUGGCAGCUUUAUCCUCUUUGGUGCCAUCGACCCCAAGUACACCUCCAAUGGCAUCACCUGGAUCCCCCUCUCUGCCCAAACCUACUGGCAAAUCAGCAUGCAGAGUGUCACUGUCAACGACCUGCCCAUCGCUUGCUUCGGGGGCUGCCAGGCCAUCCUGGACACAGGCACCUCACGGAUAGUAGUCCCCCAGAGAUUCCUGCCCAGCAUCCAGUUCUUCCUUGGUGCCGACUCCAAUGGCCAGGUCAUGUGCUUCGCCAUCCGCUUCCUCUCCGACAUUGCCUUCCGCAUCCAUGGCAAGUCCUACCGCCUGACACCUGAGAGCUACGUGCUCAAGCAAAGCGAUGGCUCCUGCAUCCUGGGCUUCGAAGGCAUGGACAGCGACCUCUGGAUCCUGGGGGACGUCUUCCUGCGCCAGUACUACAGCAUCUACGACAGGGACAACAACAGGGUGGGGCUGGCCAGCGUGUCCUGA